UAGCCGUGAACGCAGUAAGAGCUAGCGAGUGAGCGAGUGAAUCCGAGUCCCACAUCUCAGGUAGAGUCCACUUGGACUCGGCAGCGGUUGUGAGACGGUUAUGGAAGCCGCGGAGCUCGGAUAUGCAGGACCUUGGCGAUCCAAGGGCCUCACCAUUGAGUUUUCGGAUCUCGUAUUUAAAGCUAGUGGGAAAGUAAUCCUGAAUGGGGUGAGCGGCAGGUUCAGAUCAGGGCACCUGAGUGCUGUGAUGGGGCCCUCAGGAGCUGGCAAGACUUCCCUCCUCAACAUUCUCUCUGGCUUCACACCGCCAUCCCAACUGGAGGGCACAAUCACCCUUGACGGUGAGCCACGGGACCUCAGCAAGCUGCGACAACAGUUGUGUUACAUCACACAGGAGUUCUCCAUGCUGGAGUACCUGUCAGUGAGGGAGACGAUGCACAUCGCGGCCAACCUCAAGCUGGGGCCAACUGUUGGAAAUGAGAAGAAAAAUAUAGUGAUAGAUGAUGUAGCCUCGACGCUUGGACUAGUGGGGGUCAUGGAUUCACGAGUACAUACUCUCUCUGGCGGAGAGAAGAAGAGGCUCGCCAUUGGUCUAGAGCUAGUCUCCAAUCCUCCAAUCAUGUUCUGCGAUGAGCCAACAAGUGGACUGGACAGUGUCUCAUCACUUCAAGUGAUGACUCGUCUUCAAAAUCUUGCUCAUGAUGCCGGUCGCACCAUCAUCGUAGUGAUUCACUCGCCCAGUUCUCGUCUGCUGGAGCUAGUUGACGAUCUUCUCCUGCUUGCUAAGGGGCAAUGUAUCUACAAUGGCACCCUUCAAGAUCUUCUACCCACAUUCGAGUCCAUCGGCAUACAGUGUCCCCAAUACUACAACAGAGCCGACUUCGCUCUGGAAGUGGCUUGUAAGGAGAGAGGGGACCACAUCCAAGAACUAGUGACUAUGGCCAACGAGAAACAUCAUAAGCGAACUGGCAACUUUUACAUCGAUAAGCCACCUGCUGCAAACCAUGUAUUUUCUCUGACAAGUGGAAAAGAUGAGAUCGCCGCUAUAGCCAUCAAAGAGGAAGGUAGCAUAUCAAAGUCGGAACUAAGCUUAGUACAUAGAGAUCAAGAAGUACAUCACACAAAGAGAGGCUCUUAUGGAGCUCCCAGAUUGACCCAGUUCUGUAUACUGCUCAAGCGAGCCACAAUCUGCAACAUCCGAGACUUGAAAAUUGCCUUCUUAAAACUAACAUCGACCUGUUUGGUGGCUCUGCUGAUAGGUGCAGUAUACUAUAAUUUUGGACAGGAUGGUUCCAAGCUUCCAAGUAACUUUUCCUGUUUAUUUUUCAUCGUCAUUUACCAUUUCUAUGCAGUAUCGUUGGUUAAUAUACUGUUGUAUCCACUAGAAGUCAGUGUGAUUGUACGAGAACACUUCAACAAUUGGUAUGCCCUCAGCAUGUACUACCUGGCCAAAAUGCUAGCAGACUUACCUUACCUGAUCUUAAGCCCUGUGCUGUUUGUCACGAUCAGUUACUACUUGACAGACCAGCCAAGGGACUGGGAGAGGUACUCACUGUUUCUUCUAGCCAACGUUGUCGUAACCAUUCUCGCACAAGGAGUCGGUUGUUUCUUCGGAGUUUCCUUCAACACUCAGGUGGGCUUAUUCUUGAUGACGACUUGCACGAUGCCGAUGUUCCUCAUGUCAGGGUUCUUCAUCCACCUGGAUGAUCUCUCCCCUUACGUUAAAUGGCUCUCGUAUAUCAGCAUUUUCCGCUACGCUCUUGAGGCAAGCUCUUACGCAAUCUUUGGCUUUGGCCGAGAGCCCCUGGAAUGUCCAGAAAUAUCUUGUCCAUAUAAUGACCCUCAAAAGUUCCUUACAGAUAUGGGUCUUGAAGCCUGCACUUAUUGGAGAAAUAUUUUAGUACUUUGCUUUUAUAUCAUUGUGAGUCAAAUAGCUGUAUUUGUAGCACUGAAAAGAAGGAUUUCAAAAUCGAAGGAAAGAUAAUUUACAUAUUAGCACUGCAGAUGUUAAUGAUUGUGGUUAUUACUUGAAGUGAAUGGGUUAAAAAUAAAGCAAUGCAAUGAAGUCAGAGAAUUUAUGAAUCAUUACUUAAUACCAUAAAAUAAUUUGUUAAGAGGAUGUUCUUAAUUAUUUUGAAGCCAGAAUAGCAUAAAUGUUUCAAAUAAAUCAGUGAUUAAAUUGUUCCAUUCAACAGAAAAAUUCAAAUAUUUAUUUUGGUACAUCAUACAAAUCCAUAAUUUUUCUAUAAAGUACACAUAGUACCUUCAAUUACUAAGAGAAUACUUAUACAAACCUUCUAGAGAAGCAUUAACUAUAUCCAUAAUAUUAAUACUUUAAAAAAGCCUAAUUGUAUCUAUUAUUUUUUUAAUAUACACAUUCAUAUCAAAAACAUGAAAGUAAUUAACACUUUAACUGAAAUAUUGAUAUGUAUUAUUUCUCAGAACUGUGACCCAACCUUCACAAUGAGGUGGCAUGACAUGCUAACUAAUUCUGCUCACAUGUUAAUAAAGAGUGAAACAAUAAAUAUAAUGACAUUAAAAGCUAUAAUCAAUAAGUAAAAUUAUAUUUUCAGUAUAUUAAUAAUCAAAUUAUAUAUGUACGUUCUAACAUACUACAAAAUGCUUUUAUCACACUAAGAGUGAUAAAAUAUAUUGUAUACGUUAUAAUUUAAUAAUACAAAUAAAUAUUUUCACAAAACA